GAGCUCACGGGCAUGCUUGUGGAGGCUCUCGCCACGUCACGCGCUUCGUCUAUGGACCCACCCGCUCUUCAUACUGCCAUUAUCCAAACGCACCCCCACCUCAAAACGAAACACAACAAAAAAGAGUGGCUGAUUCUCAUUCCAGCCGUGCUUGAAGCGGGGCGCGCACGAUGUGGGAUGUUCGAAAAAGUUCAUAGUAGCGGGACGAACGGGGCAAAGCAGGCGAGGUGGUUCUAUGUCUCUGAGAGGGACGAAGAUCGUGAGCGUGCGGAGCUACUGGAGGAGCUUAUGCCCAAGCAGAAGAGGAACGAGACGAAGAAGUACAAGCAGUAUUAUUAUAAGCCGCUUCACAAGCUUACGAGGUGGGAUUCGGAGGAUGCGAUUUAA